UUAGUAAAACCAUGUAUAUAUAAUUGAAGUUGAAAUAGAAUUGAGACUCAAAUCCAUCCAAGUUGUUACAGCAAAGCAUAAUAGACCAAAGACCAACAAAAACAUUUGCUGUGAGAAAGAUGUUGAGAAGAGGAGCUGUAACUACAUCUAUGUUAUCAAAUAAUCCCGCCGUGUUGGCAGGGUGGUGCCGCCCAAAACGAAGGCUGAGGAGGAGGAGAGGAGCCACUGUUAGGCUCGGGAACAAGCGCAGAGGAUUCUCUCUUGGAGCACGCCCGGUGGUUCAGUGGGGAUUCAUGGCUGGUCCUAUUCGGAUGCUGAGAAAGAUCAUAACAGAUAUGGUACCGAAUUCGCAGUUUAUUGAAGGUGUUUAUUGGUCAUUACCAUUUCUACAUCCUCAGUUGUUUCCCCUUUGUUAAUUUGCAAACUGCAAUUUUUCUUUUGGUGGGUUUUCUUCUCUUUGUUUCUUUCUUCUUAUAAUGUGUAAUAAAGGGCUUACAAAAAGACCUUUUUGAUUGAUAUAGACAGUAUGUGCCUAUGUAAUUACUACAGUUGAAGACAAUCAAAGAUUGAAAGUUAUGUUUUAUAAAGAUUAUGACUUUUUUUUUA